CGGUCUGACGGAUGCCUGGGGCCAACCAAAUGAGGGGUGUGAUUUAAGAAGCCAAAGGCUCAUGGUUCACCUUUUUCCUCCUGCAUCAUCCGACUCUUUUUCUUCAUCAUCCAUACAUCGUCUUCCAACUCCCUUCUCACCCUCUUCUCAUCCUUUUGCCCCUUAACAGCCACCAACAAGUCCAACACACCCCCAGAAAAGAAAUCCCAAUGUCGACUCUGGUUCAGAACCCUGACUAUGCCGAAGAGGGCGAACAUCAGCCCCUGCAGUUCAAGCUGUACGACAAGUGGGAUGAUGAGGAUGACCUGUGGAUCAAGCACAGGCUCGAGGCCCUUGUGAAUCAACAAAUCACGCCUGAGCAAUUGGCCCUCGACAUGGACCACCGCAUCACUGCCCUCACGCGCCGCAAUCGCAAUGACGGGAUCGAGCCCCAGCGCGCCGAACAGUUCAUUGGACCCUUCUUCCAAGCCUUGACGAAGAUGUGCUCGGUCUUCCCACCCUAUCAUCCGGGGCAAAACCAGCUCAUCGCGUUGGUCAAGGCAUUGAACGCGCUCCCCCGCCAUGUCAUUCCGGAAGGCCUGUCGCCGGCCCAACUCGAAGAGAAGCCGUGGAUCACGACAACCUUGUGGAGCUUCGAUGAUUCUUACCAAGAGGGAAACUGGAAAUCGUGCGCCGAGGCUUUCAAUUUUGAACAUGUUUACGUCUUGGCCCCCUACCGCAUCCGCAACUAUGAUUCCGCCAUGGCGCGCCUGACCUGCGCGGGCUUGAUCGACUGCGCCUUUCUGAGCUCCCUCCGCUUCAUCCUCCCCACGGACGAGUACCCCGACCUGACCAAACGACCCAUCGACGGGCCCAACAAACUCGGCAACUACCUGGUCGGCGCGGCGCAGUGGAUCUUAGGUCCCAAGGAAUGUCGAUAUGCGUACACGGAAUGCCAGAAGGUGGAGCGGGUGGACGUGAGACAGCGCGAGCUCUGGAGCCGGGAGAAUUGGGCGGAAUGGAAGCGCCAGUUUGCCUUUGUCGCGGGAGAUGAGCGGUUCGUGCAGAAGUAUCGCAGCGUUGCGGCGCAGGCCCACCAUCAGAUGAUCACGUGCGAGAAGGAGGAGGAGCUCAGGCAGGAUGUGUGAUGGGUUCGUCGUUUGUAUGCGAAUUGGGCCAACAUAGAAGCUGUGCUUUGUUAGUCUUGGGGAUAAUUGAUUGAAUGGCGAUG